AAGAUAAAAACUUGAUGACAUCUGUCAAUAAUUAUCAACAAAUUCGAUUGGUUUUAACCGGGCAUAUGGGGUUUGGCGUCUGAUAUGUAUUUAUAAUUUUUGCAUUAUUUAUAAAUUAAAAUGCCGCGAGUGAAAUCUUCCCCUAAGAAAUGUAUAAAAACUAAUUUACAGCAGCCUGCCAAUUCAUGGAUAUUUUUACUAAAAGGUGAAGCUUUAGAACUUUCUGAUCAAUAUACAGGAAGUGGUACGCCAGACAUUGUUACUUUAAGACACCCAAAUACAGGAGAAUCUGCAGUAUUCUUGUUUUCACCUGCCAAUAAUUCGGUACAAGAGGUUCUUGCUUACAAUGAAGGAAAGCGAUCUUGGUUUAUUGAUGAAACUGUCAAAAGUGAUGGAAAAAUGCAUCUGUCUACACCUAUAGAUCCUAUAUUUUUAGUUCUUCCAUAUCUUAGAAGAUAUUGUGCUACUCAAGCCAUACCUUUGGAUCAAUUAUUAAGAGAUGACGAGUUUCCAGAAACUGAAAGGUUGUUAAAAUCCAGUGGUCUCAAAUAUUUAAAUUUGAUUGCAGAUAAAAAGGGUGAAGAAGAGCUAAAUGCUUUUAAGUAUAAUGAAGAAAAAACACUUACCUGGCUAAAAAAAAAAACUGAACGUGUAGCAGAUAUCUUGAAGCAGAAAAAUAUAAAUGUAACUGGUGGAGUCAUCUCUGCAACAUAUGUUAAAGCUGUCAGAGGAGAUUCAACAGAUAAUGAAGCUUACUUGAGGUAUGCUCAUGGAAUUGUUUCUGAAUAUCUGAUGGAUGAUCUAAGUCAAAAGUUACUUAGAUAUUUGAAUUUACCUGAGGAUGUCCAAAUCCAGCAAAAUUUAAAAAGGAAAAGCGGUUCUUUAGGAGGAAUGAUGGAACCGAAAAAAACGAAAGUUGAGGAAGAAAAUAAGUCCAGCACUUCCAAUAUUUUAGAUUUAAGUAAACCAGAUAAUAAAUUAUCUACCAAGGAUAAGAAUAGAGCUAAAGCAGCUAGUGGUAGUAAAAGUAUCUCCUCAUUUUUUAAGAAAGCCUAAUAAUUUUAUUCUCAAAAGUAAUGUUUUAGGUCAAUUUUAAAGGCUGUGUAGAAGGUCUGGUUUAAAUUUUGUUUGUUUCGGUUUUAACAUGUUGAACUCAUUAAUUAUAAGAUUGAUUUCUCUAUUUUUUAAAACUCGUGUAAAUAGUAUUAAGUUAGGAUUUAGAAAAAUUAUUUCUGCUCUUUUAAUUUUUAUUUUUUAUCUCUUAUUAUAAAUGUAAAAAAAUACCUGUGGUACAUAUUCUUUGGACCCCAUUUAUGCAGCAGCAUCUGUUAUGCAUAAAUUUUUAUAAUAAUCUCCGUGUACAUAAAUAUUUUAUACAGAUCUUCAACACGAGCGUGUGUACUUAAUUUUUUAAAUAGUAACAAAUUCCUAAUCAUCGAAAAUAAAAAGUAAACAGUAUUAGCAUUCAAUUUCAGUAUAGUAUUUUUCUUUUUACAUUUCCAGCUGCCCAGGAGAAUUUUGCUCCCUCUUGUAACCCAUUUCUUUCACUGACUUACUAUCUUUUUCAAUUUUUCUUGGGGUUUCCACUAUUUGUUCCCAGUUUAUUUGUAGUAUUCAGUUUUUUCUUGUUGCGCCACUUUAUUUUCACUUUCCAUUGUUUUUCUCGUUUCUUUAUUCUUUCUUGAAAUAUGUCAAAUAAAUUCAGGUCUUACCUUUUUACUUUUUGUAUUACUGAUUCUUGUUUUAUUACUUUUCUAAUGUCUACAUUCUUUAUAUUGUCCAACAUAGUUUUUUGUUAUUUUUUCAUUGCAUUUAUAUUUGUCCAUUUUUCCAUGACGUAUGUUAAUAUUUGGUACAUUAAAUAUUUUUAUUUUAUAUCCAUAUCCAUACGUGUCAACAUCAACCUAAUUGAAUGAAUUUAUUCUGAUCAUGUACUUGUAGUUGUCGAUAACUAUAUAACGGAAAAUGUGAGUAAUAAAUUUCUUUUUAAUA